AUGGGAUUGGGAGCACGUCUCAACCGCUCGAGACAGCCAUCGUGCAACUUCGAGAUGCAGUCCAACGUACAGCGAUACUCAUUACGACGCCCUCGAGCUCCGACGCCCGCUGUUGUCCUUUUCGCCGACCGAACGAAAGACCUGUUCAAGCAACCACGUCCUCAUGCUUCUCGAGCCCACCGGCGCCGAUUCCUAGACCAAGCGGCAGCCGAGAUCUUGUCCCCGCUCAUCAAAAGGGAACAGAACGAGAUAGGAGAGUGGCACUGGCAGAACGCCAUUGUUGCAAGCACAUACGAAGGCGGAAAGGCCAGACAUGUCUUGGUGAUACAGCUGGCCGUAGAGACGUGCUUCAGUUUGACCUCUAAGGGCUAUGAGGAAUUUGGAUUAUUUAUGUUUACUCUACACUCUUCAGCCAUAUCUACAAACCAUCGCCCCCAGCGCAAGGGUAUGGCUAGUGCGGUGGCAAAUUACUUUGAUUACAGUCAGAUAUCACUCCGUUAUAUUCUACAAAACGAUGAAGUGUCAAAGUCCUGUCUCUAUAUUCUCCAUUCGCCACUUAUUCAGAGCAUCAAGAUCCGUCUCUGCAACUGGAAGCAUUUCUCCAUCAGUGAAAUGGCUUUGUCGUUAUUGUUCAUGCUGGUCAGCGUGUCUGGAUGCUCCGCCCCAAGCACCGUCUUUCUCGUCUCCAUUACAUGCACCAAGGAGGAUACAGCGUUCCUUGCUCUUAGUGAGAUGGAAGAUACCCACAAUGGCAAAUCUAUCUGUCAGUGUUGCACAAGUGGCAGUACGACGAUCAUUGCUGUUUUCCAUCUCUUUGGGUGGUAUCCCAAGUGUACAGAUGCAGCGAGGAUCGCGUUGGGGGGCAAGGAUAGUACCGAGCAAGGGUUAGAAAUAAACAAAGUUUGUCUGACCCAUUCUCUCCAACCAACCUGGGAUUCAUUUGUCGGUGCGCGAGAAAAUGGUAUGCGAAUGGCCCUCGAGCCUAUUGCGGCAACACCCUGUCGCUGUGUCCCACAGCCGCAUGGUGUCUUCCCGGACGCGGACGCUGCAAGCUGGUCGUACGCCCUCGAAUCAUUGAGCAGGCUGAACGUGGCAACCGCACCUCAUCGCCAGAAUGCCGCAGCAACCCGCCAUUUCGCCUCCUCAACGCUGAGCGUCUCUUCAUGGCACGAUGCGACGGCUCCUGAGCCUGUUCCGAUCGAACAGCAAAGCGACAGUCCAACUCCGAGGCAACUCCCCUCCUUACUCAUUCAUUUACUUGUUAUCCUACUCAUCUAUCAAACCGCCCUGCGCGAGGCGAAAAAGCCUCACAUGGGUGGCGGAGCGGGGGCGGUGUUCGGAAUUUCGCUCAGCCCCAUUCACGCAUGCCACCACCGCCACUUUUCCGCUUUCAAUACGAGAACCGGGGUUUCGACUUUCAGAAUAUCUGAAUACUCUUUCGUCUUGCAGAUUUCUUUGUCUCACCCGAUGGCAGUACAACUUCAGUGGAGCCUAGAUUCGACUUCAGAUUCAUUUCUCGCCCUUACACGUGGUUUCAUCCGGGCAGCAACUAGUGACAAUGUGUCGCCUGUGGCCAUUACGGUUUGCAAUGCCUUCGGAAGCACAAUUGCCAUGUGUCAAGAGACCAGCAGGAGGAUUGAAGCUCAUGUUGCCCCGACCCCAAACCCAGCAAUAAUCAAUUUUCUUCAAGCUACCGCUGGAUAUUCUAAGGAUGACUGUGCCUCAAUUAUGAGCCGAACCUUGGGUGGCGUGCAGUUUCUAGGGCUAGCAGCUGCCAUUGUAUCGUCUAUGAAUCCCCUCGAAGGUGCAAGGGCCUUGGACUUGAUGCUGAGAGAGUCCGCCUCCGAAGAGUCAAACUUGCCGACUCUCAGGCAACUGAAGGAGUUCCUAGUCAUCCUGGAAGCCAGAUGCAAUCUCUCAGCAUUCGCAGAUACAGUCGUCGGUUGGCAGAUUUUCCUUACUGAGAAGCCGGUACUGGCGCCAGUGCUUGGAAAGUCAACUCUUUUCACCCCUCCACCAGAGGGGGUGGCGCAUCUCGUUCGUGCCUUUCGUGAACUUCAUCGCCUUGGAGAUUCUAGUGCAUCAAAAAUCAUUAUACAUACCACUUCAUGCACAGCUUGGGUGGUGGCGUUCACGAAAUGGUGCCUUGGAGUCCCUCCCUCGGUUUUCUCGGAUGAAGGGACGCCGAUUCUCGAACAGCCUGACUCUACUGUCAGUGUCAUUACCCGCAGCAAGUCAAAUGACGAUUCUCAAUUCCAGGUUGAGGUUCUUGACGACAUUGGCGUUUCUCUUCUUCGACUUGCAGCCCAUAAUGGAGAACAACGAUGGGCCGGUAUGGUUGGCAUUGGGAGCUACGGUCAGUGGCUCCUUCGAGAGUUUAGCUUCUACAACGAGGCAACAGUUCAAACUUUAGAAGAAAUGCUUCCUUAUGCACUACACCAGACUGUAACUUCCUUGAAGUUUUCCAGGUAUCGACUAUUCGAUAAUUCAGGCCCAAUCGACAAUUGGCCGGAAACUGCGUCAAAGCCGAACUCUCCUCAAAUUAUCAACAGCAUGCUAGAGCUGGGGCUCACUCCUUUCCCCGAAUAUGGCUCAAUCUCAAGGAUUAUUUCUUUGGCUUUCAAUAUGACAGAGCAGCCAACCAUACGACGACUCGAGGAGGGCACGCUCAUUGCCGACCUUCCCGUGAUGAAUUCAUAUCUGCAGACUUUGGAAAAACACUGCCACUGUUCUCUGUGUUCUCAAGAAAAUAUGGCUGCCUACGAAAGCUGUGCGAAGGAUCGCUUUUUCUGGAAUGCUGCCCAUAUGGUUGCUGACAUACUGGCAUUAUCACUCUUUCAUGGGCCUCACGCUCCCCUAAUCUGGUGUGGGCAUACUCUUUCGUCAAGAAAUAGCUUCGUAGGAGCAAUUUAUUCCAUCCUGACCGCUGGAAGUAUAAAUCACUGCGAAAUCUAUUCUGCACUGGAAUGGGCCCAUGAUUUAGUUGGGCAUAAUGUUUUACCGGAGAAUAAUCCGAGGGAUUGGAUUAUGUCCUGCUACAAAGGACAGGUGAUAUACCCAGCCAUAUUUGACUACUUCUCUGUCCGGAAACAUGGAUUCUUGGCUAUGUUUUGGCUUCCCGGUUCCUUGCGUUAUAAGGGAGGAACUUACAGCCGGGUCCAGAGUUCCCAUGGACCAGUAUCCGGGGAGGACCCAAUCACCGCCACUUACACGAAACCGGUGUCCCAACUUUGCAACCUUGUCCCUGGUUUGAGAUUAAGCUGGAAAGUCAAAGUUGGAGAUGAUGUUCUUGAAGCCAGUGUCAGCUUAGACGGUAUGGGAGGGACAUAUUCUCAUAUCACAUACCCUCCAGGAAUGAUUUUGCCUAACCUGGCAUCUGCGCUAUUGGUCGAGGCAUGUCAGCACGAACAUGGUCAGGAAUUGGCCACAAUUAACCCCUUUUUGGCUUACACAGGACCCAUACGUCCCGUCUUUUCUAAGAACAACAUGGUGCACAAAGUUGGGGUUGUCGCUGUUAGUGGGGCUAAUGAUAUGCGGCUAUUUUCUCUUAUCUGCGCCGGCUACCAUAUCCCUAUCAUUCUGCGAGGAAAUGCUUGUUUGGCCUGUUGUAUUGACAUUUACCGGAAAACAAGAUUUCCGGUUAUUGUUCUCUAGAUGAGUCAUGAGGUAUCGUGGAUGUGUUUACAUAUUGUCUGAUUCAGUUUGCCUCCAUAGAGUAGUAGCUCUGUAGCUACUUCUUCAUUCAUCUCUGGCGCCUACACU